AUGUCAUCCACGCAGAGGCCGGGCAGGACUGCUCCCAGUUUCGUACGAGCUCUUUGCGAUUACGAUCCUGUCCAACCCCCAGCUUCAGGCCGUAACCUCCUCUCACAAGUCCCGCCCGUCUUCCCCGAAUAUUACAUCGGACCGCCAGAGUACAUAUCGCCUUCAGCAUGCGCUCAUGACUAUGUGACGAAACCGAAGCAGACCCUUGUGCCAGAGCCGGAGAGGAGGAGCAGCGCCAAUCCUCCGAAAGUAUCAGCUGUUUGCCGCAAAUGCCGUUACCAUCUGCAACUCGUUGUGCGCGCCGUGCCUAGACUUGGUCAACAUAGUCAGAACUCACCAAAUCACUUGCAUCAUCUAGUCUACAAAACGGAAGAGCGGGAUACCACACCAAAGGGCCAGGAUGUUGAGACGUAUGAGUUCGAAUGCUCUUACCUCACGUGUUCUACCGUGGUGUCAGUCCGGCUUACGUCCCCGGUACUGUCACAUGAAUGGGUGCAGCUUCUGACGGACCCUCAAGUUAUCCAGCAGCGAGCAGAAGAGGUCUUUGCAGUGGAGCGCGAGCGUCUGGAGGGGUUGGCCAUGCCACAGCCGAUCAGCGUUCUCGAUACUCUCGGCGCGUACCUCCAUAACUCGCUUAGUGCGGCGGACAAGAGCAAGUCGAUUGCGGCCAGCAACAAGAGGUUUAUAACUUGCUUCGGGCUUGACGGAGUGCCUUGCAAAGAUCUGCUAGAAUUCCUAGGGUUUUCAAUUAAGAAUGAAGGAUUCUGGGAACCCCCACGGACCAGUCCAUGGACAGAGCAUCCUUACCGGGACCAACUCAAGAUCUUCCUGGACGAUGUAUUACAAGAGAUUGCCAUACUAAAAGAGCAACGACCUGUGCUGGAAAAGAAGGGUCAUCAAGCGGAAUACCAAGGCGAUCCAGCACCAUGUGACUUGCUUCGUGCCUUGGAUGCGGCUGACUACCCGAACGCCGCACGGUCGAACGAAUUCCAACUGGCUCCUGCACCAUACUAUGAUGACUUGGGCACAGUCGACGAUAUGUCGUCCGUUGCGAUCGUCGAAGCUUUCAACCGACAAGUCGCAAUCGACCCAGCGCGGUCGCCUUUGUAUCUGAAAUGUCUCAAAGAAAUCGGGCAGCUCAGGAACGGUGAUGAUGCUGCUGUCAUUGAACAAGCGGUCACGAGAGCAUAUGCCGAAGGCAGAUUCACCGAGGAGGACGUUGUCGAUGCUUAUAAAUACUUCGGUCUUGCCCAUGUGAACCCUCGGCUCACCGAAGAUAGUAUCAUCGGAACAUUCAAUGCCUACCUUAACUCCACCACCACAGCCCAGGAAGCAGAGUCUCGCAGACAGAUGCGUAUAAUAGGGGAAAGCAGACAUAGUGAACGCAUCAAAUCAGUGGCUGACGACAGCGUGACGAAUGUCGAACAGGCUCAGGACUACUUAGGUGUCACCAGCGAAACUGCCGACGACUUCAUAAUUUCCUUGUUCACUGCCAAGGUAGAGGAUGCUCCGUCCAACAGAGAUCUUGCGCGGCGAGCUCUGGAGCUCAUUGCCCAGGCGCGGAAUUCCGAUGCCUUGAAACACUUUCUCAAGACUGGGGAGAUGACGGCGGGUGAGAUGGACAUUGGUGAUGCAUAUCGUCUCUUGCGCAUAGAUAAUCGCACCGUGGACGACGAUUUGAUCGAAGCAGCCUAUACGUGCUGUGUCGUGGAGGACCCGAGCAAGAUCGAAACAUACAACCAGGCCUUGCAGAUCAUUGGAAAGCAUAAGAACAGCAGCUUUCUUUCCAACAAAGCCACGGGAAUGGGGACUGGUUCUGAUCGCAACCUAUCAGAAUGGCCGGUUGGAUUGCAGAACAUCGGCAAUACCUGCUAUCUGAAUAGCCUGUUGCAGUUCUAUUUCUCUGUCCAGGGGUAUCGCGACAUGAUCCUGCACUUUGAGGAAUACAGUAUGGAAUUGAGCGAUGAGAACCUGAGUCGGAAAAAAGUAGGAUCCCGCAAAGUCACACGGAAGGAGGUCGAGCGCUCUCAACAAUUCGUGAAAGAGUUGCGGACUUUGUUUUCCGAAAUGAUCACAUCUCCGUUUCCCUAUGUCACACCAAGUCAGGAGCUCGCGCGGCUGACUUUGAUUGGUACUUCGAAUGAAGAAGCCAUUCGGCGUCGUUCAACCAUCUCGACUUACAGGCCCACAGCCGCCCUGGGAGAGCUCGAGGGAAUGCCCAUCCUGGGCCCCCUUGGGCCUCCACAGCCCACCCCGGAAGAGAAGUCCCAUAACACAGUGAUCAGUGAUAUGGAAGCAGCUCAACAAAGAACGACUACUGACAAGGCCCAACAACCUCAUAAUGACGACAAGGAAAACGAACCUCCACUUGACUCCACAAUGGAGGAUGCGCAGAAAGUGACCCCGGAGCCUUCCAGCAAUCCUGCUUCUGCAGAACGGCCCGUGGUAGCUAGUCAACCGCCACCAGUACCCCCACGGCCCGCCCCUGUUAUCGACCCCCAGAGACUACUUCAAGAGGAAUUAGAAAUAGGCGCCCAGCAGGAUGUAACGGAAGUCAUCAAUAAUGUGCUUUUCCAGAGCCAAUGUGCGAUCCGGCCCAUUGCCUAUUCUGCUGAUGGUGAACAGAUCGAUCAGGUGAAAGACCUAUUCUAUGGAAAAACCACAUAUUAUCUCAGGUCAGAGCAGGGCGUCCGGCCAAUGGAAGAAUGGUGGUGCGACAUUAAGGUCGAUGUGGCAUCGGGUCCACGCAACAUCUACGCGGCGCUUGACGGAGCAUUCGAUGUUCAGAAAGUCAAUGUGGACAACACCAUCGCCGAACGAUUUGGUACCAUCAGCAAGCUCCCACCAGUGCUCCAGAUCCAGGUUCAACGUGUCCAGUUCGACCACACUACAAAACGAUCAUUCAAGUCAACCCAUCAUCUUGGAUUGGAGGAAACCAUAUAUUUCGAUCGCUACAUGGAUACCAAGUCGCCUGAGCUUAUGGGUAAACGGCAGCAGAGUUGGGAGUGGAAAGCCACCUUGAAGAGCCUCGAAGCUCGGCAGUCAGAAUUGCUACACGGUACAGAAGAUGACAAGGUCGACACUGCGGCGUUGUUCAAUGAGGCCAGCAGAAUUCUUGCGGAUAUCGAGAGUAUCGCAGAAGACACAGAUUUUGCUGAUGAUGGGGAGCUGCCUGUAGAGGCCGGUCAAGAUGCAGAUUCUGCAAAAGUUCCAGAUUCCAGCGAGACCACCAUAGAUGUUGAUACCGAGAAGCUCCGCGCAAAGUUAGAUCGGCUCUCUCAACUAGCGCGCGCCGAGCUGACAUCUGUGCAAGACGAAAUCAGAAAGACUCAGGCCAUGAUAGCCGAACAAUUCAUUGAACACAAAGAUGAGGCAUAUCGGCUGUAUGCUGUGUUCAUUCACCAGGGCUCUGUUGAGUUUGGUCACUACUAUAUCUACAUCUUCGACUUCGAUCGCAAUGUGUGGCGGAAAUACAACGACCAGGAUGUGACUGAAGUGCACAAUGUGGAUGAAAUCUUCCGCGAGCAGGGACAGCUCAAUCCCCCCACGCCAUACUUCCUCGUCUAUGUUAACGAUCGGAUGAAGCAUGAUUUGGUCAACCCCGUGCGCCGAGAACUGCUGGAAAUGGCACCUGAGAAUGGGUUUCCUGCCAUGGAAGAAGUCACACACACCGCGCCAUCAGCCGAGGAUGUGGAUAUGAACCCGCCGUCAUACGAUACGAUUUGGGCCGACCAAAGCAUAUCAGGUACGGGCGCCGACUACCCCAUGAAGGAGGAGAGGGACCCCAUCGACGCGGAUAACAGCACUCAUCCUGACUUACGUGACGUGGCGUGGUAG